AUGGUCGCAGGGCGGCAACAAGAUGCACUGAGAAGCUUAAAUCUUCAGCUGUCCAAGCACGCACGUGCUGCAGAAUGGCAGGAAGCCAUCAAGUUGUUCAGGUCGGGUACAGGGCUUCAAAAAGACGUGGUGACCUUCGGCACAGUGGUCAAGGCUAUCGGCAAGGCCAUGUUGUGGCGACAAGUUUUGCAUUGGCUGAACUAUGUGGCCUCCAGCAGCCUUGCUGGCAGCACCAUCCUCCUCAACUCAGCACUGAGCUGCUUGUCCGAUGCUUCAAGAUGGAGAUCAGCAGUAGAAGUGUAUGCCCGAAGCACAAAGACAUCGGUGCUGUGUGACGUGAUCACAGUGAACAAUUUGAUCAGCGCUUGCCAGCUACAGUGGCAGAAAUGCUUGCAGCAGGCUGGAAAGAUACAGCAAGAAGGCGUUGAGACUGACGUUGUGACGCACAAUGUGGUCCUUGCAUCUUUCAAUGGCACCACCUGGACAUCAGCCAUGGCUUGGUUGAGCAACAUGCUCGAAAAAGGUCUCCAACGCACAGCUGUCACCUUUGGAACUGCUAUCUCUGUUCAUGAUGUAAAAGAUGACUUUCGAACUGGGCAGCGUGCUUGGGAGCGAUCUCUACUGUGUGCAGAGCAGGUGAGGAAUGCUGCCCUGGAGCCAAACAUCAUUUUGGGCAAUGCUGCCAUCACCUCUUGUGAGAGAGCAUCCAGGUGGAUGUGGUCUUUGACUCUUUUAUCAACAUUGAGCCAGCUCCUUCAACCCAAUCUGGUGAGCCUGGCGGCCCUUGGUAGCGCCUGUGACGAAGCCACCUGCUGGAAGACCUCCUUGUCUUUGCUGAAUCAUGUUCCACAGUGGUUUGGUGCUAAGACGUCUUCCAGGAUGCGAUCUGCGGCAACUGCGUGCAUUAACACUGUGAUGAGUGCCUCAGGAAAGGUGAUGCAUUGGAGCCGCUCCUUGCAAUUGGUAGAAGAUAUGGUCUUUCUCCGUUUGACACCCAGUUCCACCACUGUGACUUGCCUCUUGAUGACAGCUGCCGACGCAGAAGAUGUGGUGACGGGUUUGGUCAAGCAGCUUUGCAACGAGGUUCGUCCGGACAUGUUUCAUUUGAACGCCUUGCUGGGUUCCUUUGCUCGGCGCUCUGCUUGGCACCGAGCCCUCCACGUCGCCUCCACCGCAGCGGUUGAUGCAGUGGGCGCUCGGGCCACAUGGGCAGCGCUCCCGAGCGAUGGCUGGCAGCGAGCCAUUGAUGCUAUGGAGUAUUUCCAGAUCGCGGCAUCGGUGGCAUCCUACACCAGCAUCAUAGAUUGCUGUGUUGACGUUUGGGCUGUGACGUUUCAGCUCUUUUCGGAGCUGCUGCUAGAUGCCUUGGUUCCAGAUGUCGUGACCAGCAACGCAAUUCUGCGAAGCUGUGAUCCUGCUGGAUGGCUCAAUGCCUUUCAGCUGCACAGUACCCAGCACCAGGACAUCAUCACCUACACCUCUAUGCUCUCUGCAUCUGCUGGAAAAUGGACGGUCGUCCUGGCAUUGCUAGGCGACAUGCAAUCCAGAAGGCUGCAAGCAUCGCGGUUGACUUACUUGGCAGCCAUGGACAGCUUUGGUUAUGUGUGUGAUGAAGAUCAUUCCAGGGAUUUCUCGACGCUGGCCACCAUGUCAAUGUGUCACUGGGGUGUGCUCCUGUCAUGGCGAUGGCAAACGGGACCAGAGCUUUCUUGGGAUGCGGAUAUUGCACAGAGGCUGGCCGUUUGA